UCUUGAAGACAAUACGGAUUUUUGAUCGACGAAAUAAUUUCAUCUUUUUUAGACCAGAAAAGGAGGAAAUCCCCAAAACCUUGUAUGUGACCGAGGUUCAGAGUUGGAAAAGAUCAACACCAAUCAUGGAUGGUAAUAUUGGACAAUAUCACUGUCCAUAUCCGUAUGCCGUCAGGAGAACUCGUAAAUACAUCAAUCAGUACAGGUCUUCAGGUUAUGGUGUGACACCAUAUUAUCCCUAUACAGUAGCAGAAAGCAGGAGAGCUGUGUCAGUCAAUGCUGUGCUAGCAACUCAACAAAUUGAGGAGCCACUAGACUUCAGUUUAAAACCCAAGGCCCCGGAGGAUCUUCAGCCAAUAGAUUACAGUUGUCGUAAGACUUCUGAGGAAGAACCAGAAGAUUUGUCUGUGAGGAAACAAAAUGAUGUAUGUACCUGUUCCAUUGUCGAUGUGAAAUCAGAGAAUGGAAAGCAUGCAGAUCACCGGGAUAGACAACCAGAAGUUCAGACAGACAUGGCGUCUGAGUCUGAGGCAGCACCAGUGUCAGAUGCAGCAUGGGUACCGGAGACUGCAACUAAAUCAGAGACGGAAACAGAACCAGUUACAGCAACAGAACCAGUUACAGCAACAGAACCAGAGGCAACAGAGGUAGAACAUCAAUCCAGGCUGGAAAUGGAGGAAUGCAGCUCAACAAGAGGUGGCAAGACACCAUCAAUAACAGAUCACUCAGAUGUAGUAAUUAAGAUGGAGUGUGAUACUAAUGAACAAAACGAAUUGACAACAGUUGGUGAUUCUGAGAACACUAUUGAAAUAGUUUGUCGACAGUGUGGAGAUGCAAAUGUUGAACAACUAUUUAUUGCGAUGGUGUGCAAACAUAUGCGGUGCUGGAAGUGCAUUGUCAAGUCACGAAAUUGUACAUGUCAAGGAAUUGACCAUGAUUCUGGUGCUGAACUUGACACUGCAAGCUACCCAGAAGAGCCUAUAGAUGAGACUGCAAGGAAACCAGCAGAUGGAGGUCAGACUGAUGCUACAUGGAGAAAUGAGAAACAUCACAGCAAUGAAACAGUGGAAAAUGAUAACAGUGAUACAUUGCUUAAUGAUCAGAAGGUGAUGGAAGAUCCACUAAAUAGCACUGCAGAACAGAAAGAUGAAACCAGCGAAAAAAUGAAUGAUUCUAAAGACAGUGGGGAAGAAAACAUAAGUACUGAUCAAAUUCCUGAUGAACAAUCCACAAAUGUACCAAAGAAUGACGCUGCGAAAAAAUCCAGAAAAAGAAAGUAUGGAGGGAGAAGGAGGGGAAGAAGUAGGAAAUGCAAAAAGGCUAGGGUUCAUCGUGAUGAGGAGUCCUCUCCUGCGUUGGAAAUGACAGAACCGAGCAGUACAGAAAAUGUGGACGAUUCUGAGAUAUGUGAACAUAAUGGCAAUGAGGACACUACUAAUGAGUUAUGUGAACAUAAUGGCAAUGAGGACACUACUAAUGAGAUAUGUGAACAUAAUGGCAAUGAGGACACUACUAAUGAGAUAUGUGAACAUAAUGGCAAUGAGGACACUACUAAUGAGAUAUGUGAACAUAAUGGCAAUGAGGACACUACUAAUGAGACACAUAGCACGCAGGAAUCAACAACAGUAAUAUACCAACAUACUGAAGAGAAUGAUUCACUCUCGGUACAUGUUUCUCCAAUCAAGGAAAAGGGAGAUGAUGAUAUAACCACUGCCUCAAUAAAUACUACAUCUAAAGAUCUACUGACCACUCCCUCAAUGGUCAAAAAAGAUAGUGUGACAGAUAUUGUUGAACCAAUAAACAAAAAUGACAAUAUGACCAGUGAAUCAGUUGCCCCUGCUAUCACAAGUGAUAAUGAAAAUCCAGAGUUAUCAGGAGUGAAUAGUGUAGCCUCUGUGAUGGACAAUAAUACUUUGGCCAUUAGACCACUCACGAAUACACUGCUGGUCAGUGAUGAUGCUACCAUGACACCCCAGGUUGAGGACAAUGUUGCCAGUGUACCAGUGGUCAAGGAAGAUGCAACCAGUGUACAAGAGGUCAAGGAAGAUGCUACCAGUGUAUCAGAGGUCAACGAAGAUACUACCAGUGUAUCACAGGUCAACGACAAUGCUACCAGUGUACCAGAGGUCAAUUACAAUGCUACAAGUGUACCAGAGGUCAACGAAGAUGCUACAAGUGUACCAGAGGUCAAUUACAAUGCCACAAGUGUACUGGAGGUCAACGAAGAUGCUACAAGUGUACCAGAAGUCAACGAAGAUGCCACAAGUGUACUGGAGGUCAACGAAGAUGCUGCAAGUGUACUGGAGGUCAACGAAGAUGCUGCAAGUGUACCUGAAGUCAAUGAAGAUGCUACCAGUAUACCAGAGGUCAGUGACGAUGCUACAAGUGUACCAGUGGUCAAUGAAGAUGCUACAAGUGUACCAGAGGUCAACAAAGAUGCUACAAGUGUACCAGAGGUCAACGAAGAUGCUACAAGUGUACCAUUGGUCAACAAAAAUGCUACCAGUAGACCACUGGUCAAUGAAGAUGCUACAAUUACAACACAGCUGAAUAAUGAUGCUACCAUUACGACAAAGCUCAGUAAAGAUUCAACUAUUGCACCAUUGGUCGUUGACAAUGUUUCUGCAGCCAAGUCUGUUGAUUGGUGGGACACUGAGAAAUCUGAGAAAAUGGAAACCAGAAGUAAACCAGUAGUAGUCCACACAAGUCCACUUGCCAUCUUAAGUGGUGAUGACUUCUCUAAUAGACACAAGAUUGCUCUGGUUAGAGCUUUCCUGCUGGUCAACUACAAGAAUGCUCCAAUGUCUCAAGUCAAGGUCAAACGAUCACAGCUGAUACAGGAAUUUGAUGACUACUGUGAACAUCACGGUUUUAAGGACCAUGUGUACGUAGAUGGUGUGCUUAUCACGUAUGCAUCUUUGACAACUUUCCAGGACUGUGUUUAUGUUGGAAAGUCCAAGUUUUUCGUUGGCAUAGUGAAAGCAUCACCAGCACCUAUCUUGGGACUCUUUAAGCCUGAGGCUGUACUUGAUGUGGAAGAUUUUGAAACUGCUGCCAUCGAUUUCUUGGCCCGAAAUUAUGAAAUUUGUCCUGAUAACUGCAUUCCAGCAGACUCCAUUGCAGUGCAUUUUAUUCAAGAGUGUGAUGACAGGAAGUUGAAGUUGCCGCCUUCGCUGUCUGGAAAAAUGUACUUGACUCGACAGCUGGGAUUGCAUCAGUGUGCUGCGUCUUUCCGUAACUGCAAAUACGAUGAAUCAAUUAUGACUGUUCAAGGUUUGAAACGAAAAGUAAUGCACCACGAUAAUAAGAAGAAAGCAUCUACAAAUAACAAACAUCCUGCAGGGAGUGUACUUGAGCCGCCAGCUAACAGAACACUUGGUGGACGUCCAACAAAAGAAGCAGCGGAGAACAAGAAGAACAGUGCAAAUCAGGAGAGCAGUGUUCCUAACGAGGUCAUCACGUACGCACAAGUGUAUGAAUAUUUAUUCCGUGCAUUCAUAUUACUCAAUUACCAAAUCUGCAACGACAGUAAUAUCAAAAUAAGCUUCAAAUCAAUUGAGAAAGCGUUUCGACGAGAAUGUGACGAAGACGGGCGUCAGAGGUUUCCACUGACAAUUCUUCAUAAAUUACGCAUAAUCGGAAUCGUCAAGAUGAACUUCCCAGAGUGCUUCUGCGAUCAAGGAAAUUUCGUAAAGCUGCUAUCAAAGUCUUCAAAUUGCUCUCUGACUGAUAUGCUGGAUGCUACGAAGCCUGUUGAUUAUUUAACACUUGCCUCUUACUUCAUUAGCAAAAACUUUCAUAGUAGCCCCGAAGAAUGCAUGUUGGCUUCAGAUAUCGUCACAUCAUUUAAAGAACAGUGUGCUGCACACAGUCUGUUGAUACCACCUGUGUUUCAGAAUGAUCAGAUUCUACAGAACAUGGUUGGUAAUAUAUGCAUAGCUCUUUUUAAGAAGUGUACAUAUGACAGCAAGAUCGAUAUUGUUUGUGGUAUAAGCAGAAAAGUAGCUUCUAAGCAAAUAGAUCUAGACUUAGAGCUGGAGCAGGAAGAGGAGGAUGAUGAAUAA